AUGAGCGUGGCCAGCUUCCAGGAGUUGCUUGCCAAGGAGACAGGUGUGGAAGCUGCUGUUCAAGAGGUCCUUGUGGGGUUCCCACCCAAGCUUCUGCAGCUGCCUGCUGACCCCCAGAAAGCCCAAAUAUCGUGUCUUGGAAUUGAAGACGGGGAGACGAUUGUUGUCAGAAGGCAUGAAUCCCCAAGGGCAGCCGCUGACACCUUGAAUUCACAAGGAAACCCCACGUCAGUGAUGGCGGAACCAGCAGACACGGUGGACGAUGAGAGUAUUGCGCGAGCGCUGGCAAUGUCUUAUGGGGAUUCAGCAGCGGGACCUGGUCCAUCUGCACCUGCAUGGCACGACGACGUAACAAUAGGAGACGAGACCGGCAUGCCCAUUUCUUCUGAGGUUCUCCCCGAUGGCACGUGCAUUGUCCGGAGAUACGUUGACUCGGACAAUUCUUGCCUGUUCACUGCUGUCGCAUAUGCGAUGGAGAACAAUCGUCUGAGGGGCUAUGACUUGCGGCAAAUCAUCGCAACUGCCGUUGCCACGGAUCCAACCACCUACAACGAGGGUGUCUUGGGAAAAUCUAUACCAGAAUACCAGCGGUGGAUCUUGCACCCCCAGAGAUGGGGUGGCCCGAUCGAGCUGUCCAUCCUUGCUUCCUAUUACAGAACACAGAUUGCUGCGUUUGACAUUCAAACAACGAGAUGCGACAUUUAUGGCGAGAGGGAAGGGUAUGCGGACCGUGUAAUGGUAAUUUACGACGGCCUGCACUACGACGCUCUGGCACUUGCUCCAACCGAGCAGGCAGAUGAGGAUUUGGACGUCACAAAAUUCGAUCCACACUCGCAGUAUGGAAGCGUGAUUAUGGCUGGAGCCAAGAAUUUGGUUUUGAAGCUGCACGCGACCUGCCAGUUCACAGACACGUCGCAUUUCAAGCUGCGCUGUGGACAAUGUGGCACAGGCCUCACAGGGGAGCUCCAUGCCAUGGAGCAUGCACAGGUCACGGGCCACAGGGGCUUCGCAGAGUAUAAAUAG